CAGUGCGGCAGGAAAACCGCACCAGGGCACCGCGCGACUGAAUGGAGCAGGGAAUGCAAAACACAUAGUCUGUCCUCACCAAAAUACACGGACAUGAAAGGGAGAAGCCUUCUGCUUCCACAGAACCCCAAGAAUGGAAAUAUUGCUGUUUUCAGUCCAGCAGAAGAACAGUUUUUCCGCUGAAAACCAAGGAACCCAUUACAGCUUGGUCCGACGGAGGCUCUUUGGACUGGUAGAGAGCAGAAUGGAUGAAAAAUACCAAGACUAGCGACUCAUUGUGUUAACAGGACAGAGCAGGACAAAUACCCACAGCCAACCUAACAUUUACCACUCAGAGAACCUCUAAACAGCCCUACGGAAAGACCACGCAUCUCGUUAUUUAACAUUAAUUUAUUGUUUUCCAGUAAACACCAGUAGUGGGAUGCUUUAGCGUUGUGUUUCUUAGGAUUUAAGUAUACAAUUCAGGGAGAAAUAUGGGUGAAGUUCAGGACGUCAGGGAUGUCAAGAAGACCUUCGUUGCUCCAGCAAUAAAAUCUUUUGAGCAUUACGACUUCUCCAGAGCCAAAAUCUGUUGCAACCUCACAUGGCUUGUGUCCAAAGCAUACGGGACAGACAGCAUCCCUGCAGACUUGAAGGAUCCAUUCUACACAGAUCAGUAUGAGCAGGAGCACCUGAAGCCUCCUGUGGCCAGCCUCCUGCUGUCCGCUGACCUCUACUGCAGGGCCGGCAGCCUCAUUCUGAAGAGCGACGCCACUAAACCACUGCUCGGCCAUGACGCUGUGAUCCAGGCACUGGCUCAGCGUGGACUCUAUGUCACCGACCAAGAGAGACUGGUCACUGAGAGGGACCUACGAAAGAGGCCUCUGCAAAUGAGUGCCCAUUUGGCCAUGAUUGACACUCUGAUGAUGGCAUACACUGUGGAGACAGUGAGUGCAGAAAAGGUGAUGUCAUGUAUUGGCCAGUAUUCAUCUGGUAAUCUUGAAGUUGAAACGCCAUACGAUACAGAGGACACAGUCACUACCUGGAUAAACAAGGUGAACGAGUAUCUGAAAGACAUUGUGACUCAGGAGCAAAAGAAGAAGGAGAGUCAGAGCGUCGAGCCUGCUGGGAGUCCUCGGUCUCCAACCAAGUGGUACAUGAAGCUUGUGCCUGCUCGCUAUAGGAAGGAGCAGGCUUCGACUCAGCCAGUUCCCUGGAUCCCUCCAGUGGACAAUUUGCUGAAAGACAGCACUGAUGGCUCUGCUCUGGGAGCACUGCUGCACUUCUACUGCCCUCAGCUGCUAUCACUAGAUGAUGUCUGUCUGAAGGACAAUAUGUCGCUGGCUGAUCGGCUGUAUAAUCUGCAGCUCAUUCAGGACUUCUGCAAAGACAACCUAAACAACUGCUGCCACUUCACGCUAGAAGACAUGCUCUACGCCUCCUCCACUAUCAAGAAUAAUUACCUGGUGUUCAUGGCAGAGCUGUUUUGGUGGUUUGAGGUGGUGAAGCCGUCUUUUGUGAAACCAAGAAGUCUGGACAGUGAAGGCACAGAUCCCUCAUCAUUGUUGAAGAGUAUACCAGCUGUCCCCAUCUCCAAGGCAACCAAACGGAGCUUCAUGGAAAGACCUCCAAGUCCAGAAAGACCCAGUUUACCCCUUCGACCCCAACCUCGGAACUCAGGAGAGAUGAAGAGGUCAACCUCAAUGUCCUUUGUUGAUGGCAACCUCGGUACUUGGCCCAAAGAGAAAAGGUCUGGGCCUUAUGGAGUGUCUUUUGACAUCCCUUUUGACAAGGAGGACCCUGCUCCUGCUUCUUUUACCUCAACACGAGGCAUGGUCAGGUCUGUCAGCACUGAUGAUGGUUCAGGUUUUAAAGUCCACCACCUUCCUCGUGGAAUGAAGCGCAACCUAUCAUUCCAGCCAGUUAAUGGCCAAAGUGUCGGUAUUGAGGAGGAAGGGUGCCCAGAUAGCUUAGCUGGCAUGGAACCUGGCAGGCGGGCCUUUCCCAAUGGACACGGGAGCAUGAUGGUAACAGCUCCCUCAAUGGAGGAGGCUCUCCAGAUAAUCCACAGCCCCAGCAGGCCACCAGUGGAGGGCAUCAACAAUGGAUUCUUCCUGCACAGUCAGCACCAUGGGGCUAGUGGUAGCUUGGAACCAGUGUCAGAGUUAGACUCCAAAGGGCCUCUGAGCACCACAGACACUACAGAGGUGGACACUGGCAUCCACAUACGAACAGAAGACAUGCUGGAUGAAGAUUCCUCUCUGAAAGACUGCUCUGUGAACAUGGACCUGGAUAUGGACACACCAAGCCCUAGCCCAAGUAAUCAGAGCAAAUCUCCUUCAGCAGUGAAGAUGACCAGCUUUGCAGAACAAAAAAUGAAGAAGAUUAAUCCAUCAGCACCAGAUUCAGGGAGGGGCAGCAGCAGCUCCCUCAAGACAACUCCUGAAGGCUCUGAGUUUGGCCUCCCAUUAUCUGUCUCCUGGGCUCCGACCCCUGAGCAUAGCCCCAUCCAUCAACAAACCCCCCCACCCCUCACUGUUCAUGCAUCUCCCACACCUGUCCAACUUCCACCUAAUGACCCGGCUCAGGUCAUGGCUACAGAGAUGGUACAGCUGAGGAUGCGUCUGGAGGAAAAACGGAAAGCCAUCGAAGCACAGAAGAAGAAAGUGGAAGCUGCUUUCACACGGCAUCGGCAAAGGAUGGGUCAUUCAGCAUUUCUCACUGUUGUAAAGAGAAAAGGAGACGGGGCCGCUAGCGGAACAGAAGAAGAAAGAGUGAAAAUGGAUGAAGGAGGUAAAGCAGUAAGCACAAGUCCCACUUUCAAAUUUGGGAGGAGCAAAGCAGACACACCUGAUGGGGCGGAGCAAAGCAGCACAAGCUCCUGUUGGGCAAAGUCACCUGGUGCAGGAGAGGAAGGCGGCCAAAGCCACGCUCAGCCGACAGAAGUGGAUCUCACUGAGUAUACACGUUCCAUUGAGAAACUCAACCAUUCAUUAGCUUUCCUUCAGACUGAGAUGCAGCGAUUGGCUCAGCAACAGGAAGUGAUCAUGGCUAUGAGGGAGCAGCAGCAUCAGCAGGCGUGGGUAAUACCUCCUCCUCACACAAACCCUUCGCCACAAAAACACAGUCGAGCCGGAGCUGUUACUAGAUCCUCAGGUCCUUCUUCUCCUGCAGACUCUCCUCGUUCCACCCAUCGCUCUCCAACCAGCAUCAAACGCAAAUCUGCCUCUUUCCACUCACGUAAUCCCCGCACCGCUCGUCCCAGUGAGCUUAAGUUAGCCCCCUACAGUCGAGUCUUAACUGCCCCGCAAUCUGUCGAUAGCAUCCCAAGACUACGCCGAUUUUCUCCCUGCCAGCCCUUGGCAAGUUCUUUUGUUUACAUGGGAGAAAAGAAGGAAUCCGUCCAUCCACAGACAGUAAAAAAUAAAGAGACAGAUUCACUCCUUUCCCCAGAGAAGGAGCUUGCCAGUAUAUGUAUAGUCCAUUCACCCCCCACAUCCCCCAACAAACAGAACAAAAAAGAACAAAUAGAAGUGAUUUACCUGCCAAAACCCAGGAAGCAGAGGCUCACAGUGAGCCUAAGGCCUCUGACAUCGAAAACAGAUGACUCUCAGAAGUCAGUUGUGGAUCUUAAACCGACACUAGAGUCGUCCUUCCCUGAAGUUCUGUCCCACCCUGUGGUAGAAACCGUCAUUGUAUCACCCACAGAAAUUCCCCUCAAGCCAGAAGUCAAGAGCAGCUUGAUCGAGGUGCCUCUGUCGGUGGUGAAGCCACUGGAGGAUCUGGCACUGGAUGAUGGUCUGGAUACACAGCAUGGAACAGGGGAAGGCCUGGAUGAUGAACAGAAGUUGUGUCGUGGUUUUUUCUUCAAGGAGGAUGGAAAGGCUGAGGGGAACAUGGCCCAGAAGAGAGCAGCUCUGCUGGAGAAAAGGAUGAGGAGGGAGAAGGAGAGUCAGCAGAGGAAGAUGCAGCUGGAAGCUGAGCUGGAGCAGAAGAAGGAGGAAGCACGUGUUAAAGCAGAGGAGGAGCGCAUCAGGAAGGAGGAGGACAAGGCCAGGAGGGAGUUCAUCAAGCAGGAGUACCUGAGGAGGAAGCAGCUCAAGCUCAUGGAGGACAUGGACACUGUCAUUAAACCUCGACCACCCGGUGGCUCCAAGCAGAGGCGGGGCCGGCCCAAGUCUAUCCAUCGUGAUAGCAUGGACUCCCCCAAAACACCAGUCAGAGCUGCCACAGGUUCACGCCAACGUGUCUUUUCAGUCUUCAGCUUGUCCCUGGCAUCCCUUAACCUGGGAGACAGUGACAGUGUUCACUCUGACAGACGAGCGCCAAGAAGUGCUAGUUUAGCCUCUGGCAGUCUCUUCUACUUUCUGAGCUCUCCUAAACUGAGAAGGAGAAGGCCAGAUUCUGCAGAUGGCUUCCUUUCGCCAAGUCGAUCCGCCAGCAGGAAGGAGAGAAGGACUGGGGAAAAUGGAUCCACGACCUCCUCUGUACGUCCAAUACCAGAGUAUACUGGACCGAAGCUGUACAAGGAACCCAGUGCCAAUCUAACAACGCACAUUAUCCAGAACGCACUGGCUCACUGCUGCCUGGCAGGCAAGGUCAACGAGGGCCAAAAGAACAAGAUCUUAGAGGAAAUGGAGAAGUCAGAGGCCAACAACUUCUUGGUUCUGUUCCGUGACGCCGGCUGCCAGUUCCGCUCUCUUACAUACUGCCCUGAGACGGCGGAGAUCACCAAACUGGCCGGCAUCGGUCCGAAAAGCAUCACACGCAAGAUGAUCGACGGCCUCUACAAAUACAACUCAGACAAGAAGCCGUUUCAGUCAGAUACCAGCUAGACCAUGUCGGCCAGCGUGGACGCAGUGACCAUCCACAGCCACCUCUAAACCAAGAAGCCAGCCACCCCUAAAAAAGUAGUGCCUGCCCAGAGCUAAUGGAACUUGGUACCACGAACAUCACCAUUCCCCACUCAAUGGAGCAUACGCAUUUCAUUUGCACUUCACUGUACAUAUCCAUGAAGAUUCAAACACCUGCAAUGCCAUAGAUGAAUGCAUACGUGUUUGUUUUAUGUUUGUUUGGUUUUCCUCUCACUGCAUACCUGUCCAAUAUGUAUUCUGUACUGGACAUGACAGGACUCAUGCACAACUGGAAUGUAUGCCACUGCUGAAGAAUGAUGUAAAGGCUUACCACUUACGUGUGUUUUAGAGAUUUGUCAUGUUUGGGCCAUGUUACGAAGGUGUGAGUGUUUGUUUUUCUUCGUUUUCCUAUGUGCCAACCGUCAAAAAGAGGACAGUAUGAAUGCUAGGGAUAAUUUCCUCAGUACACGAAGCACUGAAUGUUUUUAAGUCAUGUACAGAUUGAGUUUUGUUUGCAUUUUCCUGUUGAUGUGAGGCCUUAUGUGUGUUUUGUUUAGUGUGUGUGAGCGUAUGGAAGCGAUUGUAAAGCAACAUAUACGAGGUGUUGUUUUUUUUUUGUAUUGGAAGAAUAAUGUUUCUUCAUCUCUGUCGGUUAAACAGUUUGUAUAUUAAGGUACGUAAAACUACAAAGGGCCAAAAAAGUAAUUGCAUACAGCUAGUGUUAGCCACACAGAAUAUGUGUGUUCUGCUCAACAAAGCCAAGCGGUUUCAGCUUUUUCAGAACCCUUUUGGAGAAAGUGAUUCUAAAAAUGCAGGACGUUACUCAAGAUCACUGGUUCUCAACCUGAAGGACACCCAUAGAGCACGGGAUUAUGAUAUUAAUGAUGUGAAAAAAUGUAUUUCUAAAAUAUAAAUCAGUGUUUUUAAUUGUCGUGAUGAAUUCUGUUCUCUUGUGACACAUUAAGUGGUCGGAACCUCAGGCCUUUUUUCCAAUAAUGACCUUAAAACUGCCUCAGCAAAAUUAAAAAUCAUUCCUCGUUUUCAGUAUUAUCCCUAUUUUAACGUACUGCAGGGCUUUAUGAAUAUGAUGUGUUACAAAAGAAGGUUGAGAACCAGUGUUGUACAUCACUUUGCUGCUGGUUCACAGCAGGUUUGUGAACAAUAACACAGCUAUGUAUUAUUUUUUGUUUUAUUUUGAAAUGCUGCCAACCUGCACCGUAUAUUAUGUUUGCGUUUUGGUUUUUUUUUUAAGGUUAAGUACAAUCACAAUAAAAACCACUGGAAUAUAUGUAUGAACUAAUGCUGAAUUCAAGUUCGAUUUAAUUGAGUAUUUCCUCUUGUAUAAUUAGCAGGAUUUUAAAAUUAUCUAUGUAUUAAUACUUUCUUGACAGUAUUAAUUUAACACUGGGGUACAUGUUUUAACAACGUCAACACCCAUAAUAGUGUGAGGCACUUACAGUAAAAGCAUCCUUUAGACAACAACUUUAAGAAACGUAGUGCAUAUUUAGAAUACUGACUAGGAAAAACAGAAAAAUUAUUGACACAUAACAAAUUUCAAACACAUUUGAAAUUGCUGCAUCACAGUGAUUUUACUGCCUGACGCAUUUAAAUGGCCACACAGAUAUAAAUGUGUGUUUCUACUCAUACAUGCACUCUUUGCUGUUAAAAUAUUUUCAUUAAGAGUAACACAAAUUUAUUCGGACCUAAAAAAUACAGUCUAUAAUCUGAAAAAAACAGCAUAUUCUUUGGAUUAGCCACACAUUUGGCUGCUGCCUAUUAUGCAAAAUGAACAAAAUAGAGUAAUUUUGUUAAACUUCUCUAAUAUUUCUUCUAUUAUUAGAGGAGUGGAUUUCAUUAAUAAUGCAAUGGCAGAAUCGUUGCAUACGGGUAAAGACUGCCACAUGUUUUCACGGUGUCAGUAUUAUGUUCCUUUUACCACCGAAUGUCAAAUUAACACCAUAUGCAGGUACGAUUUCCAACAGAAUAAAUCUGCAAUCUGGUGCUUUUGUUCUUAACUGGGGGAUUAUUUAAGACCAAAAGAAAGCAUGUACAGGCUUUGGAAAUAUAAUCUGUAUGACAGAGUGAGCAAGUGUCUCUGUUGUUUAUUAAAAGGUCUGACCACAGGAGCUCUGUCUGUCAGUGCUUUUGGCUGUUUAAGGCCAAGGGAAAUGAUCAUUUAAGCUGUAAUGAUAUGUACAGUAUGUUCAUUGUGAGCCCAUACUUAUUCACUAUGAUGACUGUUUUUGUUUGCCAGACGCUGUGCUGUCAUUCAUCAUAUUGCUGAAUAUGUAGUUUCUUUUUUUUUUUUUUCCUCCAUUUUUCUUUUUUGCAUUAAAUAAAAUGAAGCAUGGCCCUCAGC